UGCGGUUUGUCAAACCGCGGUGUGCACUUCGAAGUGGAUAUUUUCAGGCAUUGGAGUUGAUAUUUCACCCUACAAUGUGUCCUCCUUGAAGAUUUGUCCGCUCGGAUAUAUAUGACACUCUACUAUACAGUAAGUCACAACUAUUGCGUUGACUGAUUACGAAGACAGACUGAGUGAGCCGAAACUGAAAGACAGCUCACUCCGUCCGGGGUUGUCAAAAGAUCUCAUCAUCAUCAUACUUUAUAUUCAGAUUCGUCGACAGAAAAAGACUUGGGGAUUGAUCACUCACGUUUGAUAAAACGGCGACCAAUAUUAUAUCCGGCGACGUCUUAGGCUGGCUCGACCCCUGGACGCUCAUCCUGAGUUGUGCAAAUUUACAGUAGGUUGCAGACUAUUCUAUUCCUUUGGUCCGAUUUUCACAACCAUGCCGCCGUCCGAGGGAUCUCCGGAGUCAGUAGGUCCCCUUCUCAGAGCCCACCGUGCCCAUCCCUUCUCAUUGGAGCGCAUCCGCCGAAAAGUCCUCCUCCGUCUACAUGUUCUGGACAAAUACGUCAUGCAAAUGACGGACAAAUGGUUGAAAAACCGCGUCGCGGCUGAGGUACAUUCUCUUCUCAAAGACGAACUGGCCGAAUUCAUCACCACCCUUCUCAACAGAGUUGGCGCAAAAGGCUUCGGGACAAUCGCUGAGUGUCGAAAUGCUCUGGAGCACAACAAAUCUAGCAGGCGACUCCGAGACCAGAAGGAAUUCGCGUUGCUGCUCAGGAUGUGCGAGUCUGUGGAUGUAUUUGAUGUCUUCACAGAAAAGUGUCAGAAGACUCUGUUCGUCGAAUACAAUGAAAGACUGAACAAGUAUUGCCAAAGCUUUUUCUCUGAUGCUGGUAAUCAUGACCUGUCGUCUGUUCAAUGCUACGAACGUCUGCUGACGGACAAACAGAAGGAGAUUGAAGACAUAUUGAAAUCCAUGGAGAAGGUCGUUGGACAGUAUGCAGCAUACAAAAAGACAUUCGGUGACUUCCUAAAACAUUAUGAGGACAUCUUGUCAUUGAUGGAAGAAUUUUCUCGACUGGUAAUAGAAAUAGGGGAGCCGAUGAAGGAAUGGGUGUUCCUAGAUCGGGAUUAUCCACGAAAGCUUAUGAUUGAAAUUGGGGAGUUGACAAACGCACGGGAAAACAUCGGAGAUGAGGCGAAGAAGAUACAAAACGAUUUAGAAUUCACUGAGAGGAAAAUCAAUCGAAGAGUUUGGCAACGGAGAAAUUUUGAGGAGUUUAUUCAAGAACAGAGGUUUCGAUUUCGAAGCACGAAACAUCGGGGGGUUGCCACAGCGAACAACCAGGUUAAGACGGAGCAGAUUUACCAGGCCAGGAAGAAGCAGUUGGCGGAGCUUACGGCCCGUCUGGAGACCAGGCGACAUUCUCCACGCGCGUACGACAAGCUGGCGGCAAAACAUCGGACACUAGAAGCAGACGUUCGCGUGCUGGAAGAGAAGGUUGUCUCGAUAAAGAAACAGAGACAGGACCUGUAUGAGGAAAUGGAAAAGCUUACAAAAGACCUUCACCAGAACCAACUCAAGUUUGAAAAGAUGUUACAAGUUGAGGAGAAGCUGAUGUUGCGCCGAAACAAGGAGAAACGGGUGAUCAAGGAGACAAGGGACAAGGUCAGGGGACUGGAUGAGAAGAUUGCGGCCCUGAAGAGGAUAAGGGACAUUAAGCUCCACCCAGACACAGUCAGGAAGAUCAGGUUACAUGGGUACCAUGCUGGGGGCAUGGAUCACAUUGAAGAGCCGAUUGAUACCGCGUUCAGACUUGUUGCUCGCAACAUUGGCAAGAACUGGUCUGAUCUCUACAUGAAGCUUCCCUUUGACCCUGAUAGAGACUAUUGCACCAGGAACGAGGAUCUCAGAGUCAUCGACUUGAACAACCAACGUCUAGAUUGUGACAUCAAGGAGAGUGUUAUCAAGUCCCUGCAGAAGUGGCAUCGUCUAAGUCACACAGCCACCCUGGGCCAGUUGGUCUAUACAUUAAAACGGAUCAAGAGACCAGACAUUGUGAAUUCACUGCAGCAGAAAGUCAUGGUCGCAUCAGCUUGAGGACAGCAGUGUCAUACGGAUUUAUAUACCGUGGCCCCAUGUUGUAUCAAAUGACUUUUGCCAAUGAGACAGUACUGGUCUGGCUCCUCUAACGUAUUGGAUCGAUGCCCAUUUUAAAGGACUAAUGAGACAGAUGUACUCUGAAUUCUGUCCUCACUCAAGGCAAAUCAGGUCUCUUGUCUUCCUGGAUGAGAUAGUACUGGUAUUCUACUUGAUUGUGACGGACUCGUAACGAUGUGGCAGUGUCAAUUUGUAGCUUAGGCAGUCAACUUGAGCCAGUUUGUCUGAACAUUGAAACAGAUCAAGAGACCAGAACUUGUGAAUAUGCAUCAGAAGGCCAUUGUUGCAUCUACUGAGGACAGGUGCCUGUGCCAAUGGUCUCAACAUUAUAGUGGUUUAGGAUAUUGGAUAUAACGAAUACACUGUGGCAGGUCAUGGUGAACUCGGCUCGACGAUCGUUCCAGUGCCAGUGGUAGUAGUAGUAGUCCAGGGAAUGACAAAUGUUGGGGGGGAAGGGGGAAGGGGGAUUGGUAAUUGGUAAUAAAUUCAGUAGGUAGAUCCUGAAGUGUGGUCAACGAGAAACAUGAGGCAGAUGAUGUUCACUUGGUCAGGAGUUGCCACAUCUUUCAAGCUGACCACAU